AACAAUGACUUAUAAAUAAAUAUGAUAAAACGAAUCUUUUUAUGUUUAUAUAACUGUCUAUACAAGAUAAGAUAAGGUUAAUCUUAACGAUUGCAUGCGUCUUUCAAGAUAAAUAUUUUAUUAAAUUUCUAUUCUGUAUACUAAAUAUUAAUUAUAUAUAAGUUUUGUGGAAAUGUAAAAAGUUUAGAAUGUCUUGGAGAAAUAAUACUUAUCAAAAUUACGACGCUAAUGAUAAUCCAUUUCUAAGUAAAAAUGCAAAAAAGGCUAAACAAAAUUACGACGCUAAUGAUAAUCCAUUUCUAAGUAAAAAUGCAAAAAAGGCUAAACAAAAUUACGACGCUAAUGAUAAUCCAUUUCUAAGUAAAAAUGCAAAAAAGGCUAAACAAAUAGCAGAAUUUCCUUAUAUCAAUAAUGAAAUCAAAUGGGAACAUUUCAAGGAAGCACAACCCUCUACUUCUAGCAAAGAUUUCCAAAGGGAACCUAUUAAGAUGAUAGACUUUGAUAGACGAUUACGCAAACUAUCUAUAAGGCCACACUCUUCUAAUUCCUUCGACAAAAUCGAAUGGGAGGACGUAAAGGGUGCCUUUGAUAGACGAUCACGCCGACCAGUACAAUCUAUAAGGCCACAAUCUUGUAGUUCCCUCGACAAAAUCGAAUUGGAGGCCGUCAAGAAAGCCACAAACUUGGGCAUCCGCUACGAAGAGCUAAUACUGACCCACAUGGCCAUAAAGCUGGCACUGAACAAAUCCAUCAAACACUUCUCCCUGCUAACAAACGCGAAGGAUUUCGGCAACUUGGACGACGUGGUCAUCCAUCUGGAGUACGAGAACGAGCCGUACCUGUUCGUGUGCCAGGUGAAGCACAAGGACGAACGUAAGAGUUCGGUGAAGGCGUUCUACGACCUGGACCAGUACGAAAACUCGUACCUGCAAGUGUGCAGCAAAUACGGGCCCAACAUUCAAGUCAAAGUGAUUUUGUUCACCAACGCCAACAACGUGGUGCCGGAAAAUGCGGCGCCCAUUCAGGUGCCCUUCGAACAUCCCCUGCUGGGGAUGUUCAAUACGAAGAAGGACGGUAAGUUGUUCGUGUUUCAGGGUAGGAGGUUCUUGCAGGACUGCUAUCUGAUGACCGGACAGUGUCACGUUAGGAAGUCCUCCAUUUUGAUCAUGGAGGAUUUGGAGAGUUCCGUCGAUCUUUACACCACCGACAGGAUUCUGAGCUACUUUUCUAAGACUAUGGUCCAUAAAAUCGAACCGUUCAACAAGGACGAAGUGGUGAUGAUGUUGAGUGAAUUCAUCCUCUAUCCGUUUGUCGAAUGUGGCCAAUGCACUGCUGAAUAUUGGGUGGAUUUGGAACAAUUUCUUAAAAAUCCCGUUACACCUGUCGCUAGAAACGCCGACAUUGUUUCAUCAGCCGUUGCCUCACGAGUAAAAAACUACUUUAAACUGCCAAACGGUGAUAUAAAAUGGAACUCUUUCCUACCUCAACACAUCCUGGACGACAUAUUUAAAAAGACUCAUUUAAAAGUUUACGCAGCCCGUAAACAAACUUACGCACCUUUAUUGUAUAAAGAUUUAUUCUUUCUGCUUUGGUCCAUAAGGCAAAUACCUUUAAUCGUGAAGUACAAUCAGAUGAGCAAACCUCAAAUUGAGUUGUUGCUCAAUAAAGAACUACUCAAACUUCCAAUAGUGCUUGUCAAUGAAGACAUGCCAUCGGAAAUAUUUACUGAAACUUUCCGUGCAAGUAAAUUAACGGUCAAGCCGCAAGACCUAGCAAUGACAGUCAACAAUACCCAGAUAAUUUUAAGUGAGCUGGUUAGAGAGGAGCAAGAACUGUCAUCCGAUUUGUAUCUGCAGUUCAAGAAAGGAAUUUCGUUGUGUCCAACCUUCGCUCAGAACUUGACGGAGAACGUUAUCAACCAGAAAUUGAUCUUCAACGACAAAGAAAUCGAUGACGAUGAGCUCGUGCACGAAAUUAUGACGAGUAAGAAAUUAUUCAGCAUCAUGACAGGCAAAGAUGGAACUGGAAAAACGACAGUGAUUCAAAAGCAAAUAUUGAAACCUUUUGUUUAUUGGAUUUUGUAUUUGAAUCUGGACUGGCAUAAGGGUUUCAAAGAAAACACAGCUAACAGUGAGACGUUCCUGAAAUAUUUAUUGAAGAUUCAAAUGAAGGAAACAGAUGAGGAAGGAGUGGAUUUUUUGAUGAAAAUUUUGAAUCAGCAGAACAAUCAAGUGUUACUGGUAUUGGAUAAUUAUAAAGACCAUCUGGAUAAUUUGGAUGUAUUGCUUGGUUGCAACUUUAGAAUUUUGUUUAUAUCCAAACAACCCUAUAAUAUUUUGAAGCAUUUAAAGGGUCAGUGCAACGAUAUAAGAGUUAAGACUGUAAACUUCGACGACUGCAAACAUUUACUAAUUAAGAAAUACGGAAAUGAUGUUAACGAAUCAAUAUUUCAAUUAAUUAAAAGUAAAAUCCCCGAGGAUUUGCUGUCGACCCCUUUGCAGAUUCAAAAUUUCGCCGUCGUCUUCAGGGAAUGUUUGGAGGACAUAAAACAAGACAAGUUCUGCGUUGUAAAACUGUACAAGUCAUUUUUAAUCGACCACUACAUCAAUGAAAUUGACACCAUGAGUUUUAUUUGUGUGAAAAAAAUGGCGUGCAAGGCACUGCUGCCUCCUGAAAUUCUGGAUCUGAUUCACGUAGACGUGGAUGAAUUGAAGGUUGCCAUUGCGGAAUUUGUAACUCGUUACAAGAGGAACACGAUUGUGACGAAAUUCCACGACACAGAGCCAGUUUUUAUGCACCAGACUUACGCUGAAUUCCUUUGUGCUUAUUAUUUGUCGGAGAAGGUCUUCCGAAGGAAGGAGUUGUAUUGGAGGCUGUGGCCCUCGCUUUACUCCAACCUGGCUUUAUAUAAUGUUCGUCGCUAUUUCGACAUGAUUAUUUGUGAAAAUUUGCCUCUGCACACGGCAAUUUUGAAUCAGGACGAAAGAUUGAUUAAUUCUUUGAUGUUAAAUCAACAAAAUAUUAAUAGCAAAGAUUUUUUGGGAAGGACGCCUUUGAUUCUGGCACUGUCUUAUGUAGAAAAUAAUUUUUUAAGAAUUGAAAAUAACAAGAUAGAAGUUAUUAGAAUUAGUGAAGAUAAUUUGAAGAACGUAUUAAAUUCUGUGAAAGACUGGAAGUCCAUCGAUUCUAUUGAACACUGUAUUAUUGAUUAUUUAUUUUUGACUAAAUCUUUAUUUGGAUUUAAGGUGCUAAAUGGUUAUAUAAAUCUACAAUCUUUGAACAAAACUAAUGAAAAUGUGUAUUCAUUUGUGUACACAAUAAUUUAUAACAAAGAAGAAGAUUUAUUGACAAAAAUUAGUUCAAAUUUUAAUUUUCAGUCAGUAAUUUUUGAUGAACAUUUUUUAAAUAAACUAUGCAUUGAAAUGUAUCCAAAGAUGGAAAAGGAAGAUAGAGACAAAAUAAUUGAAAAUAUUGUUGAAGAUUUUAAAGAAAAGAUGGCUUAUAUGCUUUAAAAAAUUCCAACACAUGUCUAAAUUAUAUUAAUUUAGUCCAGAAAUGGUAUCUAUGGAGGGAAUUAUUCUAGUGUUGUGUCUAGAAUAAUAUUAAAAUAUAUUUUAAUUAGUGACCAAACAUUUAAACCUUAAGGACUUAAAAAUUUGUAUAUAAUAUUGUGUUAAGUAUUAAUAAUCCUGAAAAUAAAGUAUCAGUUAAUAAAGUU